GCCUGUUUGAAUGGUAUCUCUUACCCCUUCUCUUCUUCCUAUUUUUACUGCAAAGAUCGAUUUCAUUUUCCUUUCAUUUACUAAGCGUUCCGAAGAUUUCAACAUGGAAUCUCUUAUUUUCGGAAGGCUAAUCUUCUUCUUCAUCGUCACCUUCUUCUCCAUUGUUUGCAACCCGGCGCCGGUACAUGGUUUUAAUAUAUACAACCUGUCUCCCUAUUCUUCUGCAACCUCGCAAUCAUCAGAUAAUCAACGAUCUCUCCAGUCCAUCUCUGCAACCACAGAGAACAGCGAUGGAAUUUCCGAGCCUCAAAUCUCCGAAUCCGUCAUUCAUUCCGUCCUCAAAGCCAAUAAGGACGGCGGCAAAACUGCAAAACGUCCCGGCCAGAAAGCCAAGCCGGGCGGCGGCGGCGGAAAUGCAAAUCGUGAGCUGAGGAAAAUAUGCAGCAAGACGGAAAACCCUAGUCUGUGCGUCUCCACCAUCGCGCCGCGGCUGAGAGGCGGCGGAGCCAAUGCACGCGCCGUCCUUGACAUCUGCAUCAAAGCGAGCUACGAUCUGGCGAAAACGGGAGCCGCGAAGGUUAAGAAGCUGGGCGUCAAGGAGUGCAAGGGGAAGUUUAAGGAUGCGCUGUCGAAUUUCGACCUGGCGACUAAGGCGUUCCAGAAGAAGGACGUAGGGACCAUGAAUUCCAUGCUCAGCGCCGUCGUGACUGAUAUGAGCGACUGCCAAGAUAAGCUCUCCGGGUCGGGUUCGCCAUUGAUAGCCCUUGGAGACAAGCUGGCUACCAUGACUAGCAACUGCCUACUCAUUAUCCCCCAGAUGCAUUGAUAUGAUGGAUAUUACAAUGCAAAAAUUUGUGUGAGACCUCUCUCAAUGAAUGAUCGGAUCUUUGAUAAAUGACGUCAAAUAUAGGUUAAAGAUUCUAUUCAUUAAUUAAAAAUUUGAUCCAUUAAUCAAAUAUCCGACUCAUUUUACAGAUUGAGACCCGUGAGAUGGUAACACAAGUGUUUUCUGGACACUAAUUCAUCAUCCUUUGAGCCAAGAAUAGUACACAUCCAUUUUCCAGGAAAAUCACAUUCUUUUGUUCAGAAAAAGAAAAAGGAAAAUCACAUUUUUUGACCCUCAA